UCCGUCCUCGAAAGAUGAAAAAACAUUCUCGAUCAGACUCACUCACCAGACAACUGAACAACUUCACUCAACUCUUGAUUGUUCUUCACAGCCUUUUGAGACCAACCUUGAACACUUUCACCCUUCAUUCAAGGUCAACUCAAGACAUAUUCACAUACAUGCUCAAACAUUAAACCAUCCCUUCCUCAUCUAUUCUCUCUUUAACACUCCUUGUUCUCAUAUACUCAAAAUGCAGUUCGAGUCGGAUUACCGGUUCGACAUGGACGACUCCUUCAGCCUCUGCAGUCAGCCCAUGUCCUGCCCUUCCACCACCACCAGCUUCUCCUCCGCCUCAUCAGCCUACGACCCAUUCACUCCUACAUCUCGACGAUCAACACCUCAUGAAUUCGGCAACAUGGACUUUGAUGGCCCCUACAACUCUGUCUCUCACAGGGCAGAGCUGACCCCUCCCUCAUCAGCAAUGGGCAAGUUUAUGUUUGGCGCCGUCAAGCCUGAGCCUGAGCACAUUUCAUUCUCCGACUCUCUCCCCAACACCCCCAUGAAGCGAGAGCAACUUGGCUUCGAGUACGAGCACAUGAUGGAGAUGAACAUGGCACACCACGGAUCAAUGGGAUCAUUGACACCAUCAAACUCCUUCGGCAUGUAUGGGUACUCCCCUGAUGCUUCUAUGGGCCCUGCCUCUUUCAUGAUGACACCAACCCAAAGCAUCUCUGGCUCUGAGGCUGCCGAGACCGGCUCAUCAUGGUCUUGUGCCAACGAUAGCCCCAUCUCAUUCUUCCCCAACAGACAACUUUCUAGUGACUUUGAUACUUUUGACAUGGACCGCCACUCUCAGUCACCUCUUGGUUACCAUCUUCAUGACCCCAGCUCUCCCAACCGCAUGCGUGCUCAAAGGAAGUUGAUGGUGCAUGAGAUCCAGCAAAAGAGUGCAGAGCUUCAACGAGCUCAGAUUCGAUCAUCAAGGAAGCGAUCUAUCAAGCCCGAUUCUGCUCAAGUUGAUGUUGUCCGACGAGCCAUGUGCAAGUGUGACUAUCCUGGUUGCCACAAGGCCUUCCGACGAAACGAGCAUCUUAAGCGUCACAAGCAAACUUUCCAUGGUGAAGGACCUAACCGUUUCUCAUGCGAGUUCUGCGGAAAGGACCAAUUCAACCGCCAAGAUAACCUCAACAACCACCGCAAGUUACACGCACGACCCAACAGCCGUAACCGCGGUGUUGAGUUUAUCCCUGCUGCAGUCCCUGUCAUUGAGCAAGAGGAGCGAAGCAGGAAGCGAAGAGCGCCCUCAAAGUCCAAGAUUGCUGAGAAGCGGGGCUCAGAAUACUAAGCCUGUCAUUCAUUGCUUGGCAUUACCUACUUUUACUUUACUGAUGGACAUAUCUUGGCCGGGUACCUUACUUGAGAACUCCGUCAGUCGCCACUGGCGGAAUAACAAGAACAGGGAAGAGCCGAGUCCCAAGGGCGCCACUUAUAUGAGACACGCAGAACAAGACCCGCGCACUCACUCAACCUGAUUGGGGAGAUACACACACACAUUCAGACACACAUACCAAAAACACUUACAUACUUUGUCUGUCUCGUCCACACA